AUGGAAAACGCCGAUGUUUUCUUGGGCUUACAGGACUUCCUCGAGCGCAUGCGGCAGCCCUCCGCCGCUGAAUUCGUCAAAGCAAUCAAAAGUUUUAUCGUUUCGUUUUCGAACAAUGCCCCUGAUCCCGAUAGGGACAGUGCCUUGGUUCAAGCGUUCCUUGCGAAAAUGGAAGCGGAUUUCAGGGCUCAUUCUCUUUGGGCUGGUUGCUCUGAAGAGGAGCUUGAAAGUGCCGGUGAAGGACUUGAGAAGUAUGUCAUGACAAAAUUAUUCGCUCGUGUAUUUGCUUCGGUUCCAGAUGAUGUAAAACUUGAUGACCAGCUUUCUGAGAAGAUGGCUUUGAUUCAACAAUUUGUUCGACCCGAAAAUUUGGAUAUCAAGCCACCAUUUCAGAAUGAAUCAUCGUGGUUGCUCGCACAGAAAGAAUUACAGAAGAUCAACAUGUACAAAGCUCCCAGGGACAAACUUGUGUGUAUUCUGAAUUGUUGCAGGGUUAUUAGCAACUUGCUGCUUAAUGCUUCUCUUGCUUCCAAAGAGAAUCCUCCAGGAGCUGAUGAAUUUCUUCCUGUGCUUAUUUAUGUAACCAUAAAGGCAAACCCUCCACAACUACACUCAAAUCUACUGUACAUACAAAGGUUUAGGCAUCAAUCUCGAUUGGUUGCAGAAGCGGCAUAUUAUUUUACCAACAUGCUCUCUGCCGAGUCCUUCAUCUCAAACAUUGAUGCCACAGCCAUUUCAAUGGAUGAAGCUGAGUUUGAGAGUAGUAUGGAAUUUGCUCGUGCUAUGCUUUCAGGCAUUUCAGUUGAUACGCUAGAUCCUGGUUUACCUUAUCAAAAAAAUGGACCGCAUCCAAUAGCAGAACUCUCUACGCACAAAUAUGAAGCUUUGAGUGAUAAUAAGGACUCUGCACUACAAACUCCGUCAUCUGUUGCAAAAUCAGAAAGCAAGAAAGUUGCUUUUGCAGAUGAAUUACCGAUUACAAAAGUUCCAUCACUCUCGGAUUUGGAGAAUAAAGGGGCAAGUAUGAUUUUGAAGGAGAAUAAGUUGAAUGAAGUUUUCGGGGAGUUUCCAUAUUUGUUUGCUAGAAUAGGGGAUCUAACAGUAAGUGAUGUUGAAGACCUGCUAAAUAAUUACAAACAACUUGUUUUCAAGUAUGUCUCUCUUUCCAAAGGGUUAGGCGUCUCUCCUACAUCUCAGCCACCAGCCAAUCCCCAAAAUAAUUCUGAAGACCAUGCUGAAACAACAAUAGAUUCUUCAGACAGUGAACCUGUAGAUGAGAAAAAUAAAUUUGAAGAAUCUAUUGAUACAGAGGAUAGUUCAGAUAAAGUUUCACAUAUCGAGGAUACAAAAAUUGAAUCUGGUCUGCCACAGAAUGAACCAGCUGCUCCUGAUGGUGAUGCCCCCAUUUAA